ACAAAAAACACUUUGAUCGUCAUUCCGAUUGGCAAUUCCGGUGCAGCUCUCUCACAUUCUAGUAAGUCUCCCCCUUAUCGCUUUCUCUUUGUAUAGAUAUACAUAUAUCUCUUCAAUUGGAGAUAGGAUUUCUGUAUAUAUACACAUACCUGACUAAGUUAUUAUACUUGUUAGGCGUAUGAGGUACAUGUAUGCAUACGAUUGAAUUGCUAUAAAACACAUUAAUGGUUCACAAGAAGCGAACCGUCGCUCCUCGUCCCAAAAACUCAACUGCGCUGGUUGAGUCGGACGAAAACCUAGUUUCAGUACGUCCAUCACUUCACAACAAACUAUCUAGCAAAAAGGAGGACGCUACUUUAACGGUUGUUGAAUUAGCUUCUUAUGCUUCAAUAAAGCUUGAAUGUGAGCGUGCCCUAACAUCCCUGCGUCGAGGGAACCAUAAUAAAGCCCUAAGAUUGAUUAAGGAACUGUCGAACAAGCAUGAAAACUCCCCUCGUUUAGCUUUAAUUUGUCGUGUCCAUGGCACUGUUUGUGUUAAAGUGGCGUCUAUGAUUGAUGAUCCUAGUGCUAAGAAUAGACAUUUGAAGAAUGCUAUUGAGAGUGCUAGGAAAGCGGUUUUACUGUCUCCCAAUUCGAUUGAGUUUGCACAUUUCUAUGCUAAUUUGCUGUGCGAGGCUGCGAACGAGGGGAAAGAAUAUGAGGAAGUUGUGCGGGAGUGUGAAAGGGCAUUGGCGAUUGAGAACCCUAUAGAUCCUGCUAAAGAGAGCUUACAGGAGGAAAGUCAACAGAAGGAUGAGACACCUCAUGCUCGGAUUGACCAUGUGCGGAAUGACCUUCGAAGUUUAAUUCAGAAAUCGAACAUUGCAUCUAUUUCUACUUGGGUGAAGCAUAUAGGCAACGGUGAGGAGAAAUUCAGGUUUAUCCCGCUAAGGAGGGUGCCGGAGGACCCAAUGGAGCUGAGGUUGGUUACAUCAAGAGGGGCAAAUGAGAUUAAAAAGGCGACUAAGACACCUGAAGAGAGGAGGAAGGAGAUUGAGGUUCGAGUGGCUGCUGCAAGGCUGUUGCAACAGAAGUCUGAAACUGUCCAGACGCGCAAUGAUGGAGAUAAACCUCUGGAUCCGACAGAAGGAUCAGGGCAGAAAACUGGUGAGAGAAGGAAGAGCGGAAAUGCAAAGAAAAAUGCGUCUUCGACAGAGAGAAGGGAUUGGGUGCAGUCAUAUUGGAACUCCUUGAAUUUGGAUAGGAAGAAAAAGUUUCUUAGAAUUACAGUUUCAGAUCUUAAGGCUCAUAUAAGUGCGUCAAAAGAUGGAGUGGCUAUUGAAGUGCUAUCUGAGGCUCUAUCAUUAGCUGAAACCAACAAAGAUUGGAAGUUCUGGACAUGCUGUCGCUGUGGUGAAAAAAUUACUGACUCUGUAUCACACAACCAGCAUGUUGUGCAUGAGCACAUUGGAACUUUGCCGCCUAAAUUGCAGUCUGUAUUGCCUCAGAAUGUGGAGAAUGAGUGGGCCGAGAUGCUUCUGAACUGUUCUUGGGAACCCUUAGAUGUUAAUGCGGCCAUGGAGAUGCUUGAUAAACAAUCAAGAUCUCAAGGACAUGGUUUUCUUGAUGAAACAUACCCAAUAGAUAACACAGAAGAGUUGAAGUAUGGUUUUUCUGAGGUUUUCGACAAUGAAGAUGAAUGGGAUUCGUCACCUAGAAAGAAGAAAUUUGGGGAUAUACCAAACAGGAAUAUGGUUGAGAGCAGAGUAUAUGAUAAGAUCUCAGAUAUUGAAUUGAUGGAUUGUGAUGUGAAUUAUGGUACUAAGAAUUGUUUCCUUCCUGACAAGUGGCCACUAUCUGAUGAUCCUGACAGAGCAAAGCUUCUUGAAAGAAUUUUUGCUGCAUUCCAGGCGCUUAUUGAAAAUAAAUAUCUUGCUUCAAGUCACCUCAGCAAGGUUAUUCGUUUUGCGGUGGAAGAGCUCCAGAGUCUUGGUUUUGGCUCUCAACUUCUUAACUACAAUGUUGAUCAAUCUCCCUUAUGCAUAUGCUUUCUAGGUGCCCAGGAGUUAAAAAAAGUGCUAAAGUAUCUGCAAGAGCUUUCUCAUUCUUCUGGCUUAGGUAGGUAUUCCGAGAAAAUUAGUGUUCGAGAUGGAGCAAGCAAUGCUAGUCAAGGAUUUGACGACCUGGAGAAAUUAGUUUUGAGUGAAGAUGGUUCAUGUUUAUUGUUUGAUGAGCGUUUCCUGCUGUGCAAAUUUACUCGUAGCUCAUGUCCAGAUAUAGUUUCUAUUGGCAGAACUGCAAAUGUUUUGUCUAGUAAUCAUUACCAUAAUGGAACUGAACUUGAUCCAGAGGCAUUAUUGUCCUGGAUAUUCGCCGGUCCAUCAAGUGUAGAACAAUUGGCAUCCUGGACACGUUCAAGAGAAGAGAAAGCACAACAAGGUAUGGAAAUUCUUCGUUUUCUUGAGAAGGAGUUUUAUGACCUGCAAGGUUUAUGUGAGAGAAAAUAUGAACAUUUAUGUUACGAGGAAGCACUGCAGGCAGUAGAAGAUAUUUGUGUAGAAGAGGGUAAGAGAAGAGAUCAUGCAACUGAAUUUGUUCGACGAAGUUAUGAUUCUGUCUUGCGGAAGCGGCGAAAUGAGCUCAUAGAAAGUGACAAUGAUGUUACAAUUGUCGGCUAUAGGUUUGAGUUGGAUGCUAUAUCAAAUGUUCUGAAGGAAGCAGAGUCUCUCAAUGUCAAUCGGUUUGGUUUUGAGGAAGCUUACAGUGGUGGAGCAUCUCAACUAUGUGGCAUCGAAUCUGGUGAAGAGGAUGACUGGAGACUGAAGGACUACCUUCAUCAAGUGGACUCUUGUGUAGAAGUUGCACUACAGAGACAGAAGGAACAUGUCUCCAUUGAGCUGAGUAAAAUAGAUGCUCGAAUCAUGCGAGUGGUUGCUGGGAUGCAGCAGCUGAAAGUAAAGCUUGAGCAUGCAUCUGCCCAGGAUUAUCGGAGGAUUUUAGUGACACUGUUGAAAUCAUAUUUGCGGGCAUAUUUGGAGGAUCUGGCUGAGAAGGAUGCUACUGAGAAAUCUGAUGCUGCAAGGGAAGCUUUACUGGCUGAACUUGCUCUUGGUUCCAAGAAUAGCUCUGGUGGAGGAAGUGGUUAUUCUAAGCAUACACAAGAAAAAAUUAAAGAUAAGAAAAAAAACAAAGAGUAUCGGAAAACCAAGGAUUCAAAGCCUACUAUUGGCAACGAAGUGCAAUUUCUUCGCCAUCAUUCAAUGGAAGAUGUCUCAUUUGCAGUCACUCGUAAUGGAGAGGAUCAAGGUGAUGAAGCUGUUGGAAAAGGUGUUUCCUUGAAUGAACAGGAGGAGGAGUAUAGACGUAAGAUUGAAUUCGAAGCUGAGGAAAGAAAGCUUGAAGAAACUUUGGAAUAUCAAAGACGAAUGGAGAAUGAGGCUAAAUUAAAGCAUCUGGCUGAGCAAACUAAGAGAACUGCAGAAACAUGUCAAGGGAGUAUAGAUGCAGUUAUGAAGUCUGUUACUUGCUUGAAGUACAGUGAUAAAGAUCAAGUAAUCAAUGAGCAAUUGAAGAGUAGUAAGAAGAAGAAUGAAUUUCCAGACAGUUUAGAAAGUCUUUCAAAAAUUAAUGCUGAAGGAAUGACACAAAUAACUGGACUGCCAAAUGAAGUAACCCCGGAGGAUAGUACUCUGGUAUCUGUUCGACGCUCUGGAAGGAGAGGCAGAGUCCAGAAAGAUUCUAAGCUUAUUGAUGGAAAGUUUCAGUCUGCUUCCAAAAAGGAAAAUACUGAAGUUGUUGAACUGAGAGCCCUGCAUUCUCCACAUGGAAGUAAUGGUCCAGCAGAUAGUGGAACAAAGACAUUGAGACAGCUACACGUGGAGGAGGAUGACGAAGAAAGGUUCCAAGCUGACCUUAAGAAGGCUGUUCUGCAAAGCCUUGACACUAUUCAUGCACGUGAGAAGUUACCCUUGCUGCCGAGUUCAAGGAACAGGAAAGAUGUGUUUCCCAAGGCUGGGACUUUGGGCAAUGCAAAGCGUAUUGGAGAUGUAAAUGUAAUGGAUGUAUAUGGCACUGGGCUAAAUAAUGAAGUAGGGGAAUAUAAUUGCUUUCUAAAUGUCAUCAUACAGUCGUUGUGGCAUCUAAGAAGUUUUCGAGCUGAAUUCCUGCGAAAAUCAUCCAAACACGUUCAUGUUGGUGAUCCAUGUGUGACAUGUGCUUUGUACGACAUAUUUACUGCAUUGAGCACUGCUUCAACUGAAACAUGCAGUAAGGCGGUUGCUCCUACUUCUUUGAGAAUUGCCCUCAGCAACCUGUAUCCUGAUAGUAAUUUUUUCCAGGAGGGUCAGAUGAAUGAUGCCUCUGAAGUGCUGGGUGUAAUAUUUGAUUGUCUUCAUCGAUCGUUCACAUCAGCUUCAGGUGUUUCUGAUACUGAAUCUGCAGAUAGUAGCUGCAUGGGCACGUGGGAUUGUUCAAAUAUUGCUUGUAUUGUACAUUCUCUUUUCGGGAUGGAUAUUUUUGAAAAAAUGAACUGCUACAAUUGUGGAUUGGAGUCCAGACAUCUGAAAUAUACAUCUUUCUUUCACAAUAUUAAUGCCAGUGCCCUCCGUACAAUGAAGGUUAUGUGUCCAGAAAGCUCCUUUGAUGAGCUUCUCAAUCUUGUUGAGAUGAACCAUCAGUUGGCUUGUGAUUCUGAGGUUGGUGGUUGUGGGAAGCUUAACUACAUCCAUCAUAUCCUCUCUACUGCACCGCAUGUGUUUACAACAGUUUUAGGUUGGCAAAAUACUUGUGAGAGUGUUGGUGACAUAAUAGCAACAUUAUCAGCUCUAUCUACUGAGGUGGACAUUGGUGUACUUUAUCGUGGUCUCGAUCCUAAAAACAAACAUUUCUUAAUUUCAGUGGUUUGCUAUUAUGGACAGCAUUAUCACUGUUUUGCCUACAGUCGGGAUCAUGGACGGUGGAUCAUGUAUGACGACAAAACUGUGAAGGUAAUUGGGAGCUGGGAUGAUGUUCUUGUUAUGUGUGAACGAGGGCAUUUGCAACCACAGGUCCUUUUCUUUGAAGCUGUAAAGUAGUCUGACUCAGAAAAGAUGGUAGCUCUUUUUUAUAUCUGAAGCUCGUAUGAAGUUCAGCUUAUAAAACAUGCCUGCCUUAUACUGCACCAAAGAUGUGAUCAGCAUGUUUUUCCAUUCAUGCGGCAAACACAUUGAUCUGACCUGCACGUUCUGUUGACUGAGCAAAAAGGUCAUAAAUUCAUACACUGGAAAAUAUAGAUGUGUACAAAUCCAAGCUGUAGUAUACAAACAAGUUUUGUUAUGUUGAAGAGAGAACAGGAGACACCGGCAUGUGCAGACGAUAGAUCUCUGUCUCAUAUGAUUGAUGCGCGUCAUAUCACAUAAAAGCAACUGUAGAUUCUAAUGCCCUUGUUACCUGGAUAUUGUGUUGGCAGAAACAAGUUUUUGCAUCUGCCAGUUCUCUAAAAUUUUUGGCUCCUUGCAAUAAGGUGGCAUGGUUGAGUAUAAUGAAAUAUUUGCUACCAGUUGGCUGACCAGGAUGAAUAUUUGGAUUUUGACUUCCCAAUGGCAGCAAAGUACCUUGUACAUGAUAUUGCUUCUGUACACUGGCAAUGCUAGGUAAUUUGCAUCUUUUUUCUAUUUUUAGUGUAAGGAAGUUGUGUAUAAUGAUCUUUAGUUUUUAGUGGUGCUGGUCCCCACCCUCACCCCGAAGCCUCCUUUUGGUGGAGUAAAUUUUGAGUGCUAUAGAACUGAUGGGAAAUUUUGUAUGAGAGAUGAUGACGACAAUGAAAUGAAAGAAAAAUUGCUUGGUUUGUCAA